UAGUACUCCUAACAAAUUGGUACCAUUUCCCAAAAUGAAAAAUUGCCAAUUUUUUUUUACUUUGGCGCCCAUAUUCCCCUCCAAAUCUCCCAAAAACAUCUCGAAAACUUCGAAAAUUGUCCCGCCUUUAAUCAAUCAAAUCAAUUUCUUUUUUUGCAGACAACAAUGGCAGUUCCUUCAAGUCCUGUACCUGCUGCUGCUGCUUCACAGAAGAAGAAGAAGACGACUAAUAAUGAAGAUGUUGAGCAAAAAAUGGAGACACAAAUUGAUGAAAAUCAGAAGCAAAGAAAGCGUAGUAAAGCUCCUGGAAUUCGUGUUGUUGGUGGAAGAAUUUAUGAUCCUCAAAAUGGCAAAACUUGUCAUCAGUGUCGCCAAAAAACCAUGGACUUCACUGCUGGCUGCAAGAAGAUGAUUGGGAAUAAGCAGUGUACAAUAAAGUUCUGCCAUAAGUGCCUCCUAAACAGAUAUGGAGAGAAAGCCGAAGACAUGGCAGUUCUUGAUAAUUGGAAUUGUCCCAAGUGCAGAGACAUAUGUAACUGCAGUUUUUGCAGGAAGAAAAAGGGUCAUAAGCCCACUGGAAUUCUUGUCCAUACUGCAAAAGCAACUGGGUUUUCUUCAGUUUCAGAGUUGUUGCAUAUGAACGGUCUUGAUGUAUGUCAGGAGUUGAAUGUCAAAAGCAAGCCGGCUUCCCCUAAGAACUCAGAAGCUUCGACUGAGGGGUCUACAGUGGUUUCUCCGAAGAAACAAGGGAAGGAGAACUCUUUUGAAGGAGCUAAUGAUACAAAUGUUAAUUCCCAAUCUCCAACCUCAAGUCCCAAACACAAGAAGGCAAAGAAAGCUAAGCGAGAGGGGGUGGCAGGGGUCAAGCAGGUGGUUGAAGCUGCUAAUGAUAAUGGUGUUGUGUGUAACCCCCAAAAAAUUAAAGAGGAUGUUUCCCUCAGAAGAAGUCCGAGAAAAUUUAACAUCUCCCAGGAAGUCACCAAAAAGGAAGAGGUAGAUGAUGACAAGAAUAAUGUGAGAAGAAGUCCUAAGAAAAACAAUUCCCCUCAGAAAGUUACCAAAACAGAUGACAACGUAAGUGAUAACAAUAAUGGGAAAGAGACUAAGAAAGAGAAGAAGACCAAAAUUGCAAAAGUGAAGCCUUGCAAAUUUCAGAAGGAUACAAAAAUCGAUCAUAGUGUUGUAGAUGUCAUCUUGCCCCCUGGAAGUAUGCUGACUAAUGUGGCUGGAAUUGACUUGCUUCCUGAUGAGGCUGGAUAUGCGUUGCAAUUUCUGGAAUUCUGCUCUGCUUUUGGAGAGGUUCUGGAGGUCAGGAAAGGACAGCCUGAAUCUGUACUGCGAGAUAUGGUGUGUGGACGGAGUAGACGAAAAGGAAAAUGUUCUUCUGGUAUUCAGUUUCUUAUCCAGUUAAUAUCUUUUAUCCUGAAGGAUAUAGACGAAGAGGAAGAGGAAGAGGAAGAAACCCUUAGCUUAAGCCCAUCUAAUGGAAAAGAUUCUUGGAUAAAUUCCCUAAAAAGAUGCCUCGCUGAAUCUGAGCUUGAAUUGGAGGAUGUUCCAGAGAAAUGCUUUGACAAAGGAUUGGAUGGCUAUGAGAUGUUGGAAUCCUCACAAAAACUCAAACUUCUGACUUUUCUGUGUGAUGAAUCGCUUUCUACCAAAGAAAUGAGGACGUGGAUUGAUGAGCAAAAUUUGAAGUCUAUUGAGAAAGAAAAGGAAGCAAAGGAAAGUCUAAACGUGGCCAAGGAGAAGGAAAAGCAGACAAAGCGCAAGCUGCAAGAGGAAGUUGCAAAAGCAGUUCUUGCAAAAAAUGGUGUACCUCUUUCUAUCUCUGAACAUGAUUCAAUUAUUGCAAAAAUAAAAGUGGAAACAGAACUUGCCCGUGCAGAGUUGUUGGAGGCUAUGAAUGUGAAUCCUACAAAAAGACGAAGAUCAGAUGCUGUAAGAACUGAAUCGGUCUUCUUGGAUGACAAUGGCCGUGCUUAUUGGAGACUAACAUGUUACAGUGAUUCAGACAUGCUACUUCAAGAAGUGGGAUGUCCUGAACAAAUUGACUACAAGGAUACAUGGUCUAGUUUUAAUGUUGAAGAUAUACAAGUGGUUGAAAAAUACAUUGCUGCCGUAAGGCUUAAUAGAUACAAGCGUCGUAAGCUAGCUGAACAAACAAAGAUGAAGAGCGAUUCAGAUUUUGAAGUGGACUCAAGCUCUAACGAUGAUUUGCCUAUUACAAUUUAGGAUUAAGAUGCAUUCUUUAGCGCAUUAAGUGUAUUAAUCUGCUGUUUCUCUCAGGUAGCUGAUCAAGAUAAUUUCUCAGAUAAACCUAGAAAACCACAUUUAUUUUGCUGCUUAGUCUCAAUGCUACAGUUUGAGAAUUCUAUUGAAACUUCUAUUAUACAUGGAAUUUGUAGCACAGCCAUUUUUUGUGCAGGCUUUUGUGAGGCUAAGAACUCGAGUUGGACGUAACAUUCUCCAACUAAUGUCUGUAUAUGCAUCUGAAAGUUAUAAUAUGAUCAGCUUGGUUUACCAUAAUA